AUGUAUUGCAAUUUUAUCUCCCUUGGCUUAAUUGCUAGCUCUCUUUUGUUCUUUACUGCUUCUGCUUCACCUCUUAUUGAUGUUGUUGAUAACACUGUUGGCCUUCAAAACACAGCUUCUGACAUCUUGAAUGGAUUGACGGUUGCUGAUAACCUUAACUGUGCUCAAAUCAAUGUACUUAGCUCUGCUGAUAGAGAAAGAUGUCUUGCUGGUGGUGGUAACAACGGCAGAUGCGAUAACAACAGUGGCCAUAGAGACAGAGGCAACAACCACGGAGGCAACGGUCAUGUUCCUGCCAAUAACCAUGGCCCUCAUGGAAACCGGGGAGGCCAUGGUUAUCCUGGAAAGCCUGGUAAUGAUGAUGAUUAUCCUCGUGGCGGUGACCAUAACCAUAGUGGUAAGGGUUCUUGCUAUGAAAAGCGUUCUCGUUUAAAUGCUCGUCAAGAACCCACUCAAGUCAAAGGUACUCAUGUCAAUCUUGUUAAUACCGCCAGUGAUAUUCUCAGAAACGCCAGAGUGUCUAACAAUGCCCACAACCUUAAGGCUGAUGUAGCUCGCCGUGGUCUCUUGGGUGUCAACCGUAACCGUGUUCGUGCCAAAAACACACUCAAUAAUAUCCUUGCUAGACCCAGAAUUAGCAACAACCUUAACAAUUUGAGAGUCAAUGUUCUUAAGGCCCGUAGCUCGCCUGCUGUCAACGUUGAUGGUACUCGUGUCAACCUUGUCAACACUGCUCAAGACAUUGUCAAUGAUGCCAGAGUCAACCGUGUAGCCAACAAUGCCAAUGUUAACGUAUUAAGAAAGAGAUUUUUGGAAGCAUUGGAUGAUGUCACUAAUGAACUUGGAGAUGAAGGUGUUGUCUAUGACCUUUUGGAUGAAGCUUAA